AUGGGUUACCCUUACUGUCCAUUUGUGACAUGGCCUUUUCGUAAAUAUAUUACAGAGCGACGACAAGAAAACAGACAUUUCGGUUUACGUAUUCAUUGUGGUGAAAAUGUUCCUUUCGCUGAUAACGAUACAGGUGCUUAUCGUCAUUUUAUUGCACACAUGUAUAUAGUGUUUCGGUGCUUACGCUUCUUGCAAGGUAAGCUUGAGUAUGGCGUUCGUGUUGGACAUGGUAUUGCCUUUGCUCGUAUUUUAAGUGGGAGUAUGAGUCCGUCCACACAUCGAAAGUCAUCCGUACUUUUAGCCGAAAUGAGAGAACAUGCCGAACAUGUACUGAAAAAUAUCGUUUUUGAGAUUAACAUUACAAGCAAUGAAUAUCUAUUGGGACAAGCAUUACGUGAAGGUGAUCAUCAUCAAACAAUUCGACUUGAAGCUUUGGCAAAACGUGGAAUACCUAUCAUUUUAUCGACUGAUGAUGAUGGAAUUUGGCCUAUUGAUCAUUGUCCUUCAAAACAUCCGGGUCAUCAUUCAUUAGUUGCUGAAUAUUGUCGAGCAUUUUCUUUAUCAGUGAUAACGUCACAUGAACAACUUGAAAAAAUGCUAUUCAAUACAAAUAGAUUUUGCUUCUAUUCUCUCGAUGGUGUUUAUAUACCGGCACAAAACAAUAAUAAAUACCGAGUAUGGUCAAAUGAAGACAGUAAUGCAUCUACCAUCGUUUUUCAUCCAGAUGUUAUAAAAGUAGUUAUGCAAAGGUACCAUUUUUACAAUGAAUGUUCCAAAAAAGAGCUUAUCUGGAAUAGUAGUUUUUACCAACAUUAUAAAUCACUUUAUCCUAAUAAGGAAUCUUGUAAACUUUUCAAUCAAGAGCUUAACUGGCAAUUGAGAUGUCAAGCUUUCGCACAGAUCGCAUAUGUUGUUCAUAAUACUAAUGAAGAUCCGAACACUCUGAAUCAUAUUGGAACUGAGUUUAAAGUCAUUUUUGGCGAUUACGAGAACCAUCUUCACGAGAUCUAUAAAGUUUGGAUCAAUGUUCGAAAGCAAUUUAUGCGUUUGGACGAUGUGACCGACGGUCAGCAUGUUAUCACAAAUACAACGAACGUAUUUUUGUCUGAAUCUUCGGAUAAACAAGAGUACCCAUUGUUUUCGACUCUUGAAUUCGCAAAAGAUUUCUGUAAUGGAUAUUACCUUCAAGUUUUCACUUCGGAAGUAUCAGAAUUACACACGUCUAACAACUUUAGUAACUCGUUGCAAUCACUUCCUCCGACAACAGAUAUAUCCGCAAGAGUACAUACAACCAAAAAUAAAGAUCAUUACAUCGAUUCAAACACUUAUAAGAAAGUCAAACUUGCUCUUAGUGAAAAGCCAGUGAAUUACAAAAAAAAACAUGAACACAUCGAUUCAGAGAAUCAUAAGAAAAUUAAACUUACCUUUAAUGAAACAUCAACGAAUCGCACUAACUGUUCAAAUGUUAAAGAAGAACAUAUGUUGUAUGUGAUUUGUCGCCAUGCAAGUGCAGCAACUGCUUACCUGCAUUAUAUUGGAAACAAAUUUAUCGAGAAGCUUUCGUCUAACAUGAAUGAUGAGAAAGCGCCAGAACAAGUUCAAGAUGUUGAUCAAACAGGUCAACAAUCCGCUUAA